UACUUGACAAUCUACUGUAACUUCAAGUUUGUUAUCUGUUCUCUUCCUGCUAUAUUUUUUACCAUAUUUAACUAAUUUUGUCAAUUAAUCUUCGAUUUAAUCUCGAAUCUUUAUUAUAUUGGUUAUUAAUUGGGAUUAAUUGUUAGGCGAGUUGUUUUUGUGAAAAUAUAUUCAACUUGGAGCUCAAUAAGAACUAUAAUAUUUGAAGUGAACAUAAACAUCAACACUCUGUUUAUAAUUGAUUGUUGAAUUACAUCUGUUUUGUUUGAAUUGUGAUUACGUCUUCAUAACAUAAUUUACUCAAAUCCCAAUGGACUUAUUAAAUAAUUGUUAUUAGUUUUUAUACAGUUUGAGUAAAAUUAUUGUGCAAUAAAUAUGAUUACCUGGACAAUUAUUUUUUUAAUGUUACAGGCCGCUAGUUCGGCCCCUGUUGACCAAAAUAAACCUGUGGAAAGUGAUUUUGGUAAAGAUCCUGAUACCGUAAUCAAUGAUUUGGGUUUGGAAUAUGGGCGCUAUUUACAAGAAGUUGUAUCAGUAUUAGAAGAGGACAAAGACUUCGCCAAAAAGCUGGAAAAUGUUUCAGCUGAACAUAUUAAAUCUGGAGCCAUUGCUUCUGAGCUUAAUUUUGUUAAUCACAAUGUACGGACUAAGCUCGAUGAGUUAAAAAGGAUUGAAAUGGAUAGACUGCGGAGAUUAGCGAAACAAGAACAUGAUUUGCAAGAAUUUGGUACAGAUCACUUGGAUCACAACAAUCCCCAUUCAUUUGAAGCCCAAGAUUUACACAAAUUAAUUGUUAAGGCCACUCAUGAUUUAGAGGAGCUCGACAAAAAAAGGAGAGAAGAGUUUAAGAGAUACGAAAUGGAGAAAGAAUAUCAAUAUCGAGAAAGUUUGAAAAAUAUGACUGAAGAACAGAAAACUGAAGCCGUUAAAAAGCACGAUGAAACUGUGCAAAAACAUAAAGAGCACCCUCGUGUCCACCAUCCUGGUAGUAAACAGCAAUUUGAAGAAGUUUGGGAGGAACAAGAUCAUAUGCCUAAAGAAGAGUUCAAUCCAAAAACAUUUUUUGCGCUUCACGAUGUUAAUGGUGAUGGAUACUUGGAUCCUGAGGAAGUUGAAGCUCUAUUGUCUAUAGAAGUGAAAAAAAUGUAUGACCCUAAUAAUCCAGAAGAUGAUCCCAAUGAAAUGGAAGAAGAGUAUCAUCGUAUGAGGGAACAUAUUUACAAGGAAGCAGAUUCAAAUAAAGAUGGCCUUAUCAGCCGAAAAGAGUUUAUUGAUUUAACACACAAGGCUGACUUUGAGCGUGAUGAAGGAUGGAAAGGAAUCGAUGAGCAGCAGAUGUUUAAUGAAGAUGAAUUACGACAGUACGAAGCAAGGAGACAGGAAUACCUUGCUCAGCAAUAUGGAUACUACAUGCCUCCCUACCAACCACAUAUGCAAGGUCCUCCACCACCUCAUCAACAAUUUGGCCAUGGGCCUCAAUAUCAAGUUGCUCAACAUCAGGGUUAUCCACAACACCCUCCUCCUCCAGGCCAUGGUGGCUAUCAAGCUCCACCUCAGUUUGCUGUUCAUCCAAAUGCUCAGUAUCAACCUCAGAGUAACCAUCAAAAUCAACAACAAUAUUAUGGUCAACAACAUCCACCUCCACCACCACCACCACAGAUGCAACAUCAACAGUAUCAAAAUUACCAACAACAGCCACAAAUGCAUCAACAACCUCAGAUACAUUCAUCGGGGAAUCCCCAAAUCGCCCAUGUUGCUAAUCCUAAUAAUAACAUUCCUCCUCCAUCAGGAUCAGCUAAUCAAUUUGGUGCUCCCCAACAAGCUGCCCCGAAUCAACAGUAUAACGUCCAACCACCCUCUGGAUCUGCCCAAGCUGCUCCCAAUAAACCUGUCUACUCGGCCAUACCUUCGAAUCAACCCGUUCAUGCGGCCAAUCAACAAGGAUCCAAUAAUGCUCAACAGCAACAGCCACAAGUACAAAAUUUUCAACAAGGGAAUAAUCAACCAGCCCAUAGAUCAUGAUUAGAUGAAAAUUAUCUCUAGAAGUUUUAAAAUUUGGACAAAUGAGACUGAUUCAGUAAAUUUAAAUUUGUAUAGUUUUGAAAGAGAGCAUUUAACUAACACAUGCACUGUCUAUUUUUUGUUAACUCUGCUAUUAAAGUUUGUAUUCAAAUUUGUUGUUCAAA